AUGUCUUCCAUAACCCCUUACGAAGCUGCCGCCGCCGCAAUCCUCAAAUCCCUCGAAAAACGCAUCACAGCCCUCAGCAUGAAAAUCGCCACCGACCGCGCCAACCUCCGAGAAAGGCUCCCACUCAACUACACCACCUGGAAGCGAGAAAACCGAUGGACCGCCGAUCUCGAACGAUACCAAAUAGAACUAGAGAGACUGUGGAUCAAGAUCCAGGACGCGACUCUGGACUACAAGAUGGUAUGGGUGGACGAGGUGGAAAAGAGAUAUGCCGAUAGAAUUGGGAAUUGGAGGACUAAUGGGAUGUUCUGA